GCCUCGGCCUCAGAAACAAGUCGGCAAUGUCAGGUGCAAGUGAAGCUGAUCAGGGGGAAAAUGAUGAAAUUGAUGUGGUUUCCAUGGACACCAAGUCUCCAGGAACAAGGGAGGAGGCGGCCAAGUCACCAGAGGAAGAUAUCGUCCUGGAAGCAAUGGUAGACGAUGAUGGAGAAGAUGAUGAGGAAUCUCAUGUGACGAUCACCCACGAAGAGGAGGAAGGAGUGAAGGAGGAGAAUGUAGACGUGGAAGAGGAGGAUGAGGCUGAGGGUGCUCAGUGUUACUGUGAAGGCAAAGGAGAAGGUCCGAUGCUCCCUUGUGAAAAAUGCAAGAAAUCUUUUCAUUUAGCUUGCUUCAGCACUGGCAACCCUACAACACUAGAGGGGGACACCUUCUUCAAACUGAAUUGCAGUGCAUGUAACAUUCCUGAAGAUGAGACGGUUGAAAGAUUGCGGCUCACAUGGCAACAAGUUGUGAUGCUAUCCCUGUACAAUUUAGGACGGAUAAGGAGCGGAAGAAGAGGGUUCUUUCGCUGGAAGGAGGACAUCUGCGAGUUCAUCUCCUUGCAUUGGAACCUCAUCUUUGGGGCACAUAAAAUCAAGACAACCACUUGGCAUGGUACAGUUGCUGGUGUAUUGUCAGUAGGUAACAAACAGCUCUUCCGGUCUGGGGCGAUGGAGUUCAAUGAGACCGGAUGGUGGACAUUGAUUGAAAACAGACCCCCAACCCUCAAACAAGAACCGUCAUUAAAAGCAAAACAGUUUGCUGGGAGAAAAGCCCGAGCAGUAUUUGAGCCUACCAUCAAAGUUGAAGGGUUACGGAAUCGAAAGAGAGGAACGUCGGCAGAGUCAGCAAUAGAACUCAAGGAGAAACGAUCGAGAACGCAGGAAGCUAAGGACAUUCGCAAAGCAAAGCAAGCAUCAGAAGAGGAGUACAAGAAGAAACAACAGAAAGAUAGCAAGGAUGAUGAGAGUAGUCUGGAUAGCUUUACCGGAAGUGAGAACCUUGGCCAGCCAACUGCAGUACCAGAUUCACCAUCGAUCCUCAGUCUACUUGGAGGAGACAAUAGUUCAGAUUCAUUCACAUCCAACCUUCUUAAUGAGAGCGAUCUUACACCAGAAGUAAACCUUCCCAGCAUGCUGAUGGCCGGUGACGAGGAAGAGGUACUACACCAUGGCGGAAGCAAAGGUCUGUCUGACCUAUCAGCACUGCCCUCGCCCAUCAUCGUCAGCCGUCAGUUCAGCAACGAUUCUUCGCAAGAUACUCCGAUGGAAGCCAUCAGUGAGAUGCCAUCGUUUGCAGGAUCCCUGAGAUCUCUGGAUAGUUCAGCGAACAGUGUCAGUGGGAAGGAGACCAAGUUGAGAAAACACAAGGUCAAAGGUCAAGCUGAGAUGAAGACCAAGGACGGAGCGGAGGAAGAUGAAGAAGAUGCUUUUAAACCAAAAUUUCUCCCAAUGAGUGUGUAUGAGGAGAGACAGCUCCUCAAACUCCUAGAAUCCUGUUCCGAAGCAGUGGAUGUGGACCCGGUUGCUAGGAGACUGAGGAGAAAGCUUCUUAUUAGACAGGAGAAAAGAGCACGGGGUCAGCCCCUAUUUGACCUUGAUGCCUCCCUGCAGCAGAUGCUACAACGUCGAUGUCACAUGACACCGUCCAAGAUGGCCCGGUCGGUCUUCACCCAAAGUCCUCGCAGGGGAGGGGUCAAUCCCCAGGGAGUAGGAAUGCAGUAUGUGUCAUCGAGCCAACAAGAAGGAGAUUACAGGAUUCUAGAUCGAUUCCAGAUGUCUCACUACUCAGCUCCCAGUGUCCAUCAGCCUCAGACGUCGUUCAAAGCUCGUCUCAUCGGUUGUAACGAGUCCGCAAUGAUGCAGAGUAUUGUCAGUCCUUAUACAGCAAGAGUCCUGAAGCCUUUCAUACGACGUGAUACAGAGUCGAAGCCCCUCAAGCUUCGUCUACUCCAGGAGAUUUUAGAGCAUCAUCGAAAAGCGGAGCCAUCUUUCAAGGCUCCUCCCGUUGCACCCAUCGACUACUGCUACGUUCGCCCUCAACACAUACCCUCCAUUAAUGCCCUCUGCAGAGAGUUCUUCUGGCCAGGCAUUGACUUAUCAGAGUGCCUCCACUAUCCAGACUUCAGUGUGGUGGUUCUGUAUCGUAAGGUGGUGAUCGGUUUUGGAUUCAUGGUUCCUGAUGUCAAAUACAACGAGGCCUACAUCUCCUUCCUCUUUGUCCAUCCGGAGUGGAGAAGUGCCGGCAUCGGUACCUUCAUGGUCUACCAUCUGAUUCAAACUUGCAUGGGCAAGGAUGUGACGCUGCACGUAUCGGCCAGUAACCCGGCCAUGUUGCUCUACCAGAAGUUUGGCUUCAAGCAGGAAGAACUCUUUCUGGACUUUUACGAUAAAUAUUACCCCGAGGACAGUCAGGAAUGUAGGCAUGCCUUCUUUUAAGACUGAGAAGAUAGCACCGAUGCAGCUGGAUCAUGGAGUCUAUUAUUUAACCUGUUUGACAUGAUUUGAUUUGGUACAAUAUGCAUUUGCUGCAGAAUACAGCUCAGGCUUAGUUUUCAACCUGUUAAAGGAAGUGUAGCUUGGCAAAUACUGGUUAACGCCAUCUACGUCUUCUUUUGGACAACUGCAUGUAAACGAAUGGACUCGAUUAACAGUAGUCAGGUACUUUAUCUCUACUUGAUCAGCGUUUGCGAAACAGGCUGCAGUUCUCCUCAUGCUUCGGUUUUGCUUAUGUUCACGCACGUGAUUGCUGUAUUGGGCCCGAGUCAGGCCACAGGAAAGACACAUAGUCUCGUCAGGCUACACUCACUUUAACUCUUUCGAGACGAUCAUUCCACAUUUUGAUCCCCGGCCAUAGAAAUAUCCCAGAUGCAUGGGUAGAAAGAGCAAUAAUUUAUGCACACAUUGCAUCCACUUUUAUUUCAUGACUGUAUUGCGUUUGAUUCCAGGGGGGUGUUUCACAAAGAUCCUAAGUUGAACUUAUCUUUAAGUUCGACUUCAAAAUUAUGGAGAGCCGUUAGCUUCUUUGAAAAUAUUUUGUAAAAGUUAUUUUAAAAGACAUUGUUGAAUAAAAUCAUUCAUAUUUUCUAUCAUAAAGGAGAUUGAAUGUUCUUGAUGCGGAAUUUACUAAAUGUCUAAAAUACUUGAAUUUUUGCUUUGGAAUAUGUUUUAUUCUAAGACUACAAAUGGCUCUCCAUAAUGUUUAAGUCCAACUUAGAGUUAAGUUUGACUUAGGAUCUUUGUGAAACAGCCCCCAGGAAUGUUUUCAAAGGAAAAUAAUCUUUUGAAUUCUUAAAUUGGCAACACGUUGACAUAUUAAAAAUCAUUGUUUUUCGAUAAAAAUGUGCA